GCUGUAACAGAGCAACUUGUAGGGUUAUGGGCUUAGGCCCAUUAUUUGGGCUUGGAUAAAGCCCAUUUAUUUGGUUGUGAGACGGUAAUGAUCCGGCGGCUUCCGGUUCGGACCCGGCUCAGGCACUGAAGCUGCCUUGUUGGUUCCGUCGUCUUUCAUCUCAUCUGCCGAACCUACAAAACAACUACGAAAUUGCAUUACGGAACCCUAGAAGGGGAUUCCAACUUCCACAAUCUCUUUGAUUUCCCACUUUUUGCAAUUGAUUGUUUGCGUUUUGGUGGAAUUUACUCUGCAGUUUAGGGUUUCUCUGGAUUUGAAAUAUAUGGAUUGGAGUAACGUGACGGCUGAGGAUCUGAUCGAGGCGUUGCGAGAAGUGGAUUGGUCGUCCCCUCCGCGUCCUCUCUCGGAAUUCUUCUCCCGAUUUACCUUGCCGCGUUCUUAUUCCAAAUGGAACAGUCGCUUGAAAUGCAAUCUCUAUUAUUAUAGGACCAAUUAUUUCAUCAUGAUGAUUUUGAUUCUUGGGUUGGGGUUCCUUAGGAGGCCGCUAGCGAUUGUUGCUGCUCUAACAACAGCUCUGAGCCUUGCCUUUCUAAAUGAUAGCUUUGCAGGUACUUUCAGUGAGAAAGUCACAAGAACUGUCAGACAGUUCUCUCCACAUCUAGCUGCCAAAAUGAGGCCUCCUCUCACGCCUGUUAUUCGGGGGCGCCCAUCUGCAAGACGAGUAAUACAUAUAUGUGGACGACCUCGAUGGGUAUUUGUCUUGGUAUUUUCUUUAGCAAGUUUUGUCCUGUGGUUUGUCUCUUGUGGUAUUAUCACUGUCUCGUUGGCAGCUGCUAUUGGCCUUCUUGCCACUGUCAUUCAUGCAAGCUUUAGGACACCAAACCUAAAAGCUCGUCUGAACACAUUCCGCGAGGAAUUCCGUGCUGUGUGGCGCAAUUACAGUGAGCUGUAGCUUUGGAACAGCAAGUUCAUGUCAGGGGGAGUUAUGCUUUCACGCUCAUUUCUUUGCUCCACCAGUUUAGUUUAUCAAGAAUCAUGGGCUAAGAUUUGCUGAUCAGUUUCGGACUGUAAAUCUCUUGAAUUCUUUUCACGUAAAUGCACUUACCUUUUAUAAUAUGACCGUGGGAAACUUUAUGGUUUUAUAUUAAAGGUUUCUCUAAAUGAUGUAAAGUGGUCAGUGACUGUGAAGUGAUUGUAUUGCAGGCUUAAGCCUAGUGUUGAUGUUAGUAAACGAACUGUAAUCUGUACAUUAUACAUUUGAAUUUUCUAUGAAUGAACAACUAUGUUGAUUUA